CAUGUGUGGAAACAACAGGACUGUGUGAUUAUUCUGUCCUUUUACUCAAGUUGACCUUAUUUUAUGUUUGUGUGCUGCGCAUGUGCCAAAAACAGGGGGCGGGUUUGUUGAUUCCCGAUCAAAUGUUUUGUUUUCUGCUGCGGUGAAAUGGGUCUGACGAGCUAGCGCACAUAGCUACGACGGCAAGCGUUUCUCAGUGACUUUGUACCAGCCUCCAAAAAGACAGAGUCAUGGGGAAUACAAGCAGUGAGAGGGCUGCCAUGUGCCAGGGGGAGAAGGGUCGGAGGGACAGCCGAGGGAACAAGGAGGGGGAGAGGCCAAAGAUCCUGAUGGACAGCCCCGAGGAUGCAGAUAUUUUUCAUGGUGAAGACAUGAAAGCUCCUAUGGAGAAAGAGGAGUUCCUUGCGUGGCAGCAGGACUUGGAAGCGGAUGACAAAGGACCAACGCUGGACCGACCAACAGUCUUUCGCUGGACUGGAGACGGCAAGGAGGUCUUCAUCUCUGGAUCUUUCAACAACUGGGCCAACAAGAUUCCCCUUAUUAGAAGUCAGAACACCUUUGUGGCCAUUGUCGAUCUACCUGAAGGGGAGCAUCAGUACAAGUUUUACGUCGAUGGCCAGUGGACACAUGACCCAUCUGAGCCAGUCAUAACCAGUCAACUCGGGACCGUCAACAAUGUCAUCCAGGUGAAGAAAACAGACUUUGAGGUGUUCGAUGCUCUAAUGGUGGACUCACAGAAAUGUUCUGACAUGUCAGAUCUCUCCAGCUCUCCUCCCGGGCCCUAUCAUCAGGAUGCCUACGUCCCUAAACAGGAAGAGAAGUUCAAGUCUCCACCCAUACUCCCACCUCACCUGCUGCAGGUCAUCCUCAAUAAAGACACUGGAAUUUCUUGUGACCCUGCAUUACUCCCAGAACCCAACCAUGUCAUGCUCAACCACCUCUAUGCUCUUUCCAUCAAGGAUGGAGUGAUGGUGCUGAGUGCGACACACCGCUACAAGAAGAAGUACGUCACCACCUUACUAUAUAAACCCAUCUGAUUGAAGACCAACUUCAUAAUCCUGCACGAGUGUUUUAUCUGUACACUGAGUGUACAAAAUAUUCAGUGAGUGAACAUGCUCGCUCAAGCUCAAGACCAUUACCUUUUAAAUUCGCAUGCUGACUUGAAGAUUCUCACACGGGGCUCAGAAAGUUGAUGUGUGACUACUGAUAUUCUGAGGGCCAACAGUCACCUGGAUGAGAAUAUCAGGUUAAGGCUUAUAAGCGGCUAACAGCUCUGAGAUCAUAUUUUGUACACUCACUGUGUAUCAAGUUAUCACACAUUUGUUUAGGAUCAUAAAUGUCACUCCAAUCUUACAUAAUCUGCCUUUAUUUGUUCACUGAUUGCCCUGUGUAGUUUUCAACAACACUGUCUUUGCUUGGUAGACAUAGUGAGGCAAUAAUGAUGAGGUAGGAAACAAUUACAUGUCUGUGACAAAAAUGUAAUGAGGAGGAUUGGUGAUGCUGGGAAAAUCUACCUGAGGUUGCCGUUGUGUUACCCGCAACGGCAGCAACACCACGACUGAAUGUUCAGGUCAAAGAAGGACAAACAUGCACUGCAGUAGUUCUCCACUGUUUUCAUUUGCCUAUUUAUCUUGAGAAUAUUUAAUAAUAUCCACACCACACACAGUAGAUAUUUUUCUAUAAUUUGUUAAGUAUUCAAUGAUGUAUUCUCUUUUCCUACAUUGAUUUAUGAUGUGGUUUAAUUCGUUGUCUUUAUGUAGUUAGUAGUACAGAGUUGCGGUCAAGACCAUUCCAGUCAAGACAAGUCGAGACCAAAACCGUUUAUUUUUAAUUUUUGAGAAAUUAAUUUGGUCUACAUGUUAGAAUUACUUUUAGUUUUGCACUAUCAUGUUUGAAUUUAUUUUUUAAAGUAGACUAUGCAUACAGUGUAUGUACACGUAGAGCGCGACGAUGUAUCAGAAUAAUAAUCACCCCUUUUUUUUUGAACGUCUAAGCAGGUUUAAUAAUCUUCACGCUGAUGUACCUUUGCACAAGUAUUAGGAUUUUCUUAUUUUUGUGAUGUUGUAAACACAUUCCAAAAAUCAGUAGUCGUUCCCCGCUGGCAUCAUUUGUUUGUGCCAUCGAAGACUGCCAAUCUUUAGUAUGGUGUAUCUAUAAAACACGUUUCAAAUGAAUUUGGCAACGUAUAAAAGUAAAGAAAAUAUAAAAACACCACAACACUUGAUGAAGGGACAAACUUUUUUUCCUAGUUAACAUGCACUGUUAAUAUUCUGUCACUGAAGGUUUAGAAUGUGUUUUAAGUUGAAGGCAGCACAUAUUUACAUCAAUGUAAUAUUGUCAUUUUUGCUAUGUUGGUAUAAUUGCCACUAACAAAUGAGACUGUGACGUCUGUUAUUUUUGUUCUGUGCUGUAGGCCAGUAGAUGCUGACAAUCUCCUCAGUGAAGGUCUCGUUUGUUUGUGUUACCUCUGCUGAUGGAACUAACGUGGUAUUGAUUUAUUGAUGUGAAAAUGCUGCGACUUCAAGUAAACUGAAGUAUCGUUGAAAUGUUGCUGACCCUUUGAACCAUGCUGAUGUGUACACCUUUUCCUUUUCCAUUUUCAGAGACAUUUGUAUUAAAGAUUAAGUUAUAAAUUCA